ACCACUCCUUUGAGAGCUCCUUUACUCCCGUGUCACGACUUUUAUUUGCCGCAGGCCGCCUUACCCGCGAUCGACCUGCACAGUCGGCCCUGGUUGCAGUCGGUGUUUCGAACCUGCCUGGUAGCUACGUAUAAACUCAGAACGAAACUUGCAGUGCGUGUUCGCGAAAUUCAUAGGCGUCCUCUUGUUUAUAUUCCCCACCCCAAAAUUAUAGUGUAAAUAUGUAACAAAGUGAUAUUGGAAUGUGGUAUUGUGAAAUUUCUUCUCCACCCACUGUCAUAGAGAGUUUUUAGAGGCAGAAGGAAUAUAAAACGAAAGGGAAGAGAUUCUUGGAUUCCUGCUGAGGACGCGGAAACCGGAGUCGAUUUGAAUCUCGAGAGACCUUGCCUGGAAAAAGAGCAGGUCGUGCGAGAUAUGCGGGAGAAAAGGAGGAAGAAGAGUUGCGUUGAAGAAGAAGAAGAAGAAGAGGAGGAGGAGAGCGCUGGUUCGAGUAGCUGGCACGAAGCGUUUAAGGAUGAACGAGGAUAAUUUGAGGCGAGAGUCUUCAGGGUCGCGAAUCGAAGGACAAGAGAGGUCUCAAGAGUCUUAAUCGCCCAAAGCUCCCGUUUCGAAAGAAAUAAAGAAAAAAACAGAACCGAGGUAAACGAGAAUUAUUAUUUGCGAGGUAUGAGAGCCCUUUCGUUCGAGAACCUUAGGAGGCUCGUCGGCCGGAGGAAGGACCGCGACGAGCCAUCCUUUGAACGUAGUGAGUCCUUCAAGCGAAUUUCAAUUAGAAAGAGUUACUUGGAUCGUGGCAAAAGGCGACAUAGACUUCAGAAGGUGAUCGAACCGGAUAAUUCCCUUGAGCCAAGAUUGAGAUCGAACAUUUCCACUAGUCCUAAGAUUCUUCUGCGUUGCAGUGAGGAAAUUGACAACACUGAAGAUGAAAAAAGAAUUGAUUCCCCCGAUGGGACAAUUGUUUAUGAUGAUUGGAUUCAUCAGGACUCGUCCUAUUCGAAGAAAAUAGAUUCCAUUCAUUCGUCGAGGGAAUUCGAUACAAGAAAGGAAUUUAAUUCGAGGAAGGAAUCUGAUUCAAGGAAACAAUUGGAGCCAAGGAAAAAGCGAGUGCUUCCGAAGAGAAACAAUGUUGAGAGAAGAAAAGCUCCUGCCCCACCUCCUCCAGCGAGAAAUAUUGAACUCUCUCCUGUGUUGAUAGAUCUUCCCCACUCGCCUACGACACAGAGACAAAAACAAAAAGAGAAGGAGGAGGAAGAAGAAGAAGAAGAAGUGAUACUUGUUGCAGAGAAUGAUAAUAAUUGCAAUGUUAGUGUUACUUUGGGACGUGUUUGGAGGGAUGCUGCCAUACCAAAUCAAUCAUUUUCAUCCGGUCAUGGAACAGAGGUUUCCUCAAGGGAUGAGAAAUCUCGAAAUUCGAUUAGCAGAACUGUUUCCGCUCCAGAGAAGAAUCAAGUAUCAAAGAGCGAUUCGUCCCGAGAUGGUAGUAGAUCUGGUUUUAGUUUUUCUCUAUCCAUCUCGAGAUUGACAACUGACUUGCGAGCUGCUGCUGUAACUACCAGGAAUGGAUUAUUCAGACGGAAAAAAGGAUCAAAACCAUCGCCGAGUGUUAGUGCUGAGGGUUAUUUUGAACGCACUGCUGCGGCAUCGUCAAUGAGACGUUCUGGUAAGACGAAUGGUUCAAGAAGACGGGCCUAUUGCUCGAGAAGAAGAAAAAUUUUAACCAGUCCCGCCAAGCCUAAAGUUCCUGGGAGUCCAGUGUGGUUCGUGCCUCCAGAGAGGCGUCGCUCAGCGAGGCAGAAAGGCAGGGUUUGGCGAGAGGUCAGAUAUUUUCCCGAGGAUCACGUACAGGGGGAGGAUCUCAAGAGACGUGACCUCGAGGAGAGAUCCAAUGACUGGUCAUCGAAUCUUUCCGAUGAGUUCGACGACCGGAAGUUACUUCUGUCCGGUGAUUUUGAUGAGCGUGUAAGAAAUGAAGAUAGUGGAAAAACAAAUUAUCAAAAGGAAAAUCAAAGAAAUGAAUUGAAUAGUAAAAAUGUUGAUACAUUGACAAUUGAUUCAUCGACAACAUCAUUGAUAUCGAGUGCAAGUUCAAGAUUUGACGAGGGUCAAAAAAUUGCACCGAAAAUAAGUGAUUUUAAUGAAGAUAAAAUUUUUUGCGAAGAAUUUCGUGGUGAAUUAUCAGUGGCAAAGGGUACUAGAGAUGGGAAUUAUUUUGCGAGUAGUCAAUUUUUGGGAUUUCUUUCAAAAAAAGAUGCUGCCAAUGUUGAAGUUCCAUUUAAAAAUAGUGCGGGUUCAAGGUAUCGAUGUUUGUCAUCAAGUGAGAGCGAAACCGAAGUGGUGCUUUUUGUGGAUAAAAAAGAAAACUCGAGGGAUGUGGAUUGUGAGAGUAGCGAAAGUGAUAGGAGUCGUUCUGUUGUUUUGAUAUUGGAGGGACAGAGGUCGAGUGUUAGAAGGUCGGAGGGAGUUGCUGGACCCAGGAGACGACCAUUGAGAAGAAAAUCCCAGUUGAGAAGGGCCAACUGUAGAGGCCAACCUGUUUAUCUGGCGAGAAAACGUUCUUCUCUUAGAAGACGACCUUGUAGGGACAUAACGCAAAAGGGUUAUGAGAAGAAACGGACGCGUCUGCUGCAGCAAUAUGCGUCGAAGCAGUUGGGGAGUGGAAACGUUGGAAGUGGUGGAAGUUGUGAGGCUGAUAGAACGGGUUUCGGGAGCGGUGGAGGUGGUGGUGCUGGACGCCCGCAACCACGUGCACGGCGUACGCAACGUCGUGUCACUCACUCCGAGAAACGCUAUCACUCAGGAGGCCGGAUGAUUCCUGGAGGGAUCGUCAGUCCCCCAGGAUCUGGCGGCUCCACGGGGAACAUCGGGAACACAAAUUCGGCAGCCAUCAGACGUGGAAACCGCAGACUCACGCGAAAUGAAAGCCGAUAUCACUCUGAGGUGCGUCAGGAGGCGGUUCAACAGGCGUUGGCGGCGAUGCAGAGUCGACCAAAACCCUCGUUGCCAAUGCCGUCGAAAAGAACGUCUGUGAUGGCAAGAAGUCCGGAACGAGAGAGACGCGACGGUGGUGGUGUUGGCGAUUCAAGCAGCGACGAGGACAGCGUUGUAACGGAAGAGAGUCCUGGAGCUGGUGGUCCAAGUGGUACUGGACUCUCUGACACGAGUAGCACUGGAUCGGCUCGCGAUACACCGCCACCACCAAGACCACCAGCGAGACGGCCACCAGCCGAUAUAACUGAUAUUGCCGAAUAUUCACCGCACGCCUAUUGUAAUUUGGUGCAACCACCUGAUGUCACACAUACAACGCAAAAUCGUCGGCCAGUUAUUGCCGAUCAUGUAAAUCGUUAUCAUGCCGUUGAGGAUAAUAAUACAGGUACCACGGGUAGAUGGAAGGUGUCAGCUAAAAUUCAACAACUUUUAAAUACAUUAAAACGACCAAAAAGACGACCACUGCCUGAAUUUUAUGAGGACGAUGAUAUUGAAUUGGAAAUUGCAGCAAAUCCAAAAGAUCCCAAUGCACCUAAACCAGAAGGUGGUUCGAUGACCUCGGCUAUUGGUGAGCAGAUGUCCGUUGCCUCUGGUUUGCCAAGGUCACUCGAGGCCGCGAUUCUAAGGUACGGCUCAGCAACAUAUAAGGCACCAGCUGCGACAGUUUUGGAUCCGAAUGGCAAACUCUGUAUAACCUUGACAUAUGGAAAACUUCUAAGCCGCUCCCAUAAAAUAGCCUAUACAUUAUUAAACAAAACAUUAAGUCGUGCUGGCGAUUGCUGUCUAAAACCGGGUGAUAGAAUUGCUUUAGUUUAUCCAAACAAUGAUCCAAUUAGUUUUCUUUGCGCUUUUUACGGAUGUCUUCAAGCUGGCAUCGUUCCUGUUCCAAUAGAGGUUCCUCUAACUCGCAGGGAUGCUGGAUCUCAGCAAAUUGGCUUUUUAUUAGGCAGCUGUGGAAUUCAGGUGGCAUUGACAAGUGAAACUUGCCUGAAAGGCCUGCCGAAGACAACGGCGGGUGAAGUGGUGGCAUUUAAAGGAUGGCCAAAACUCCAUUGGUUCGUUACCGAGCAUCUGGCAAAGACACCGAAAGAUUGGCUGCCACCGCCACGUCUAACGGAUGACACUCCGGCUUACAUUGAAUAUACCACCGAUAAGGAUGGAUCCGUGAUGGGAGUCACGGUGACUCGAGCGGCGAUGCUCUCACAUUGUCGCGCAUUGACGCAAGCAUGCGGUUACACUGAGGGUGAAAUUGCCGUUUGUGUUCUCGAUUUUAAACGAGAAGUUGGCCUUUGGCACGCAACACUUACGAGUAUUCUCAAUGGAAUGCACGUUAUUUUCAUACCCUAUGCAUUGAUGAAAGUCAAUCCGGCAAGUUGGAUGCAAAUGAUCACCAAACAUCGAGCGAGCGUUGCCGUGGUGAAAUCGAGGGAUCUUCAUUGGGGUCUCCUGGCCACAAAGGAUCACAAGGAUAUAACACUGUCGUCGUUGAGACUUUUGCUCGUUGCCGAUGGAGCGAAUCCAUGGUCACUUUCAUCGUGUGAUCAAUUUCUCUCGGUGUUCCAAUCGAAGGGACUACGUCCGGAUGCUGUGUGUCCUUGCGCUUCUUCGAGUGAAGCUCUCACGGUCUCUAUUAGGCGACCGGGUCGUGCCGGUGUCAACGCCACGGGCAGAGGUGUCUUGUCAAUGUCAGGACUCAGCUAUGGUGUUGUACGUGUUGAUCAGGAAAAUUCACUCACUUCAUUGACUCUCCAAGAUUGCGGUCAAGUCAUGCCCGGCAGUAUUGUUAUCGUAAUAAAAAUGGAAGGACCGGCAAAUAUUUGCAAAACAGACGAGGUCGGAGAGAUUUGUGUGCAUAGUCAAACAACUGGAAAUCAAUAUUGGGGAUUACAGGGAUUAACAAAUAAUACUUUUAAAGUGUCACCAUUACAAGCAGAUGGAACAACUCUUGGCAAUGAAGAAUAUACACGCUCUGGUCUACUCGGAUUUUUGGGACCUGGAGGAUUAGUUUUUGUUUGUGGUUCACGUGAUGGUCUUAUGACUGUAACAGGAAGAAAGCACAAUGCUGAUGAUAUAAUUGCCACUGUUUUAGCUGUUGAACCAACUAAGUUUAUUUAUCGAGGUAGAAUUGCAGUUUUUAGUGUUCGAGUUUUACGUGACGAAAGAAUAUGCGUUGUUGCUGAACAACGUCCCGAUUGCAGCGAAGAAGAGAGUUUCCAAUGGAUGUCGAGAGUAUUACAAGCCGUGGAUUCAAUUCAUGCAGUUGGAAUUUAUUGUCUUGCAUUGGUGCCACCAAAUUACUUGCCUAAAACACCAUUGGGUGGAAUUCAUCUCUCCGAAACAAAGAGACGUUUUCUAGAGGGUACACUACAUCCUGCAAAUGUUCUUCUCUGUCCACACACAUGCGUGACAAAUUUACCAAAACCACGUGAAAUACAUUCCGCGGGGGAUUCUGUUGCAGACGUGGGUCCAGCCAGCGUCAUGGUCGGAAACAUUGUCCAAGGGAAUAGACUGGCUUCAGCGCAAGGAAGAGACAUGGGUGUCCUCGAUGAGGAUAGUGACAGUGCCAAAAAGUACCAAUUUAUUUCGGAAAUUUUGCGAUGGCGAGCUGUUGGCACCUCAGAUCAUGUGAUAUUUACGUCUCUGAAUUCAAAAGGAGCGGUCGCUGCUUCACUCUCUUGUUCACAGUUGCACAAGAAAGCUGAACGAAUUGGAAAUCUACUUCUUGAUCGCGGGAGAAUCAAUACUGGAGAUCAUGUGGCUCUUAUUUUUCCACCUGGCACUGAUUUAAUUUGUGCAUUCUAUGGCUGUCUAUACGUUGGCGCUGUUCCCGUUACAAUUAGGCCUCCACAUCCACAAAAUCUUCAGACAACGCUUCCAACUGUUAAAAUGAUUGUUGACGUCAGUAAAUCCGUGCUGAUACUAACUAAUCAAAAUCUAUUAAAAUUACUCAAGUCUAAGGAAGCUAACAAUGUCGUGGAGAUCAAAAGUUGGCCGACGAUCCUCGACAUGGAUGACAUGCCAAAGAAAAAAUUGCCAGUUAUGUAUCGCGCACCGACAGCUGAAAUGUUGGCCUAUCUUGAUUUUAGUGUAUCAACAACGGGAAUGCUGGCUGGAAUUAAAAUGUCACAUGCAGCUGUUACGUCUCUAUGUCGUGCGAUGAAAUUGUCUUGCGAACUUUAUCCCUCUCGUCAUAUCGCUCUCUGUUUGGAUCCCUAUUCAGGAUUGGGAUUCGCUCUCUGGUGCCUUAGCAGUAUUUACAGCGGGCAUCAUUCUAUUCUUAUACCACCGUCAGAGGUUGAAGCAAAUCCGGCACUAUGGUUGUCUGCCGUGAGUCAUUCGCGAGUGAGAGAUACUUUUUGCUCUUAUGGAGUGAUGGAACUUUGCACGAAAGGAUUGGGCUCAUCGGUUCAUGCUCUAAAAGCCAGGGGAGUUAGUUUAGCGUGUGUUAGAACAUGCGUUGUUGUUGCUGAAGAAAGGCCGCGAAUCGCUCUCACAACUAGUUUUAGCAAACUAUUUUCCGCCCUUGGAUUAAGUCCUCGUGCUGUGUCUACGUCUUUUGGUUGUAGAGUUAAUACCGCCAUUUGUUUACAGGGUGCUUCCAGUCCAGAACCGUCAACAGUUUACGUUGAUCUUCGAGCAUUGAGAAAUGAUCGUGUGUCAUUGGUUGAACGAGGAAGUCCACAUUCAUUAUGUUUGAUGGAAUCGGGAAAAUUGUUGCCAGGUGUAAAGGUUAUAAUUGCCAAUCCCGAGACAAAAGGACAAUGUGGUGAUUCACAUUUGGGUGAAAUUUGGGUUCAAUCAUCACAUAAUGCGAGUGGUUAUUUUACUAUUUAUGGCGAUGAGAGUGAUUAUGCUGAUCAUUUUAAUGCGCGGCUCGUUACUGGAAAUACAAAUGAAGUUUACGCUAGAACUGGAUAUCUUGGAUUUUUAAGACGCACUGAAUCGGUACAGCAAUCAGUUCCUGGCGAUCCAAUAAACGAAAGUUCAGCAUCUGAGGCUGAUGCACCAACUGGAGAUGCGGAACUUCAUGAUGCCGUUUUUGUUGUUGGAGCACUCGAUGAAGCAAUUUUACUCAGAGGCAUGAGAUAUCAUCCCAUUGAUAUUGAGAAUAGUGUGAUGAGGUGCCAUAAGAAAAUUGCCGAAUGUGCCGUUUUCACCUGGACCAAUCUUCUUGUUGUGGUCGUGGAAUUGGAUGGAAGUGAAAGCGAGGCAUUGGAUUUGGUGGCUCUUGUGACAAGCGCCGUAUUGGAGGAACAUCAUCUUGUGGUCGGUGUGGUCGUCGUCGUCGAUCCAGGUGUAGUUCCCAUCAAUUCACGUGGUGAAAAACAACGAAUGCACUUGCGCGAUGGUUUUCUCGCUGAUCAACUCGAUCCAAUUUACGUAGCGUACAAUAUGUAAAAUGCCCUUUCAAUUCGAAAAUAUUCCCAUCAUCCCUCGAGUAUCGUCGCACAAGUUUUUUCUAUACAAGUCACUCUCGUUUCUCGUCGCUUCGUGACAAUAUAAUUACUCUAACCCUGCUCUCUCUCUCUUUCUCUCUUUUCUCUCAUUCUUUAUUUCUCUUCUAUUAUCGCAUGAGAAAACGUAUCUUGAGGAAAUCAGGGUUUUUCUCCAGAAAUAAUUACGAAGCGAUAACUAAACGCGUUUCCUAUUUAAUCUAUACUUUUACGUAUAGCUUACGUAAUAGUAUCUAAUUGAAUUGUUUUUCAAAAAUAAAGAUUUUUAUUAUUAUUUUUUUAUUGUCGCGAAUUUUAAUUUUCGUCAAAUUGUUUGUUUUUUUUUUUGUAUUCGAAACCGAAAUUCAUUUUAUUUUCAAGAUUUUGUUUAUUUUUUUUGAAAUAUUUCUUUUGUUUUUCGUUAUUCGAGAUACGUUAGUCCAUUAGCGAUUUGAAUAUUAGAUAUUCCUUUUAUGUAAACGAGUCGCGUUCUUUAAGUAUAUUUGUGAUAAUAAUGGCUCGAAUUUAUGAUCGACGAUUCAUGGACGCGAUCCAAUUGACUGCUGUCGUUGAUUUUUGUUUUUUUUUUUACAAAAACCAAAUGCUCUUGAAUUUUAAAGAAACUUUUUUUUGAGCGUUUUACGCAUCACGCACAGCUUUUUUUUAAAAUAAGAAACAACAUUUUUAUCUUUUACAAGAUAAAAAAAAAAAAUCAAAUCUAGAAAAAUCGUGAGAAAACCGCUCAAUUAUCGAUUCAAUCAAUUUUUUUUGAUUGUUUCCGAUGGCAAUCAGUUAUUUCAAUCUCAAUUUGUUUUUAACCCAUAAUAUGUACAUUUGUUAAUACUUUUAUAAUUUUAUAUAUAUAUAGAGAUAUAUAUAGAUAUAUACAUCCCAAAUUAUUUUAAGCGUUAAAUUGAGACACGGCACGAUGAUGUGAUCGUGCGAUCAUCAUUAUCAUCAUCGAUUUUGUACGACUCUCGUGAUCGAACGAUUUUAAGGCGGCCAUUAUAAUAGUGGUGGUUUAGAGAAAUUGUGAUUAUUAUGAAACAAAAAUCUCCGAAUCGCCACUAGUAGACGUUUGUAAAUAAGAAAAAAAGAAAAUAAUAAUUUAAGAGUGACUAGGAUCCCUUGUUCUUUUAACUGAUUUUGUUUUUGGUAGUCUGCACAAUUGUCUCCUCUCUCGUCGUUUUUAAGGAACCGUGCCAUUCCGUUCAGCAAGUUUUCUUUUUUAAUUUGUUUUGCGUUAAAAAGCAAUUUUGUUUUUUUUUUUUUUUUAGUGCCCCCCCAACUUGAAAAAUGUAGGCUUGUGCAAUGUAGGAAAAUUCGAGCGUUACCCUACGCAAGAUCACGUUGAUCUCAUAGCUCGUACGAUAGUAAUUACACGGUAGAACAUCCCUGCAAAGAGGAAAAAAGAAAAAAAAAGAAAGGAAUAAAAAAAUAGUAGCAUGACCCUUAUCCUGCGACCCCAGGGUUAAUACUGAUGUGCAUUUCAUCUCUGAUUGUUGGUUGCGAGAAAUUCUCGAAUGCUAAACUAUUCUUUGAAAUGCAUCAUUUUACAGAGAACUGUUAUUCCCCUUAAAACCUUCAUGUAAACUCCAUCUCAUUUCAUCAAUCUCUAAAUUUUUUCAAACUCUAACGAUUUCGAAGAGAAUGUCUGCUCAGUGGGAAAUUAUCUUAAAUGUUAGUAACUUCUAGGUCUGAAAUUCAAAAAGCACUUUUCUAUUUCACUUAAUUUUUUUCAAAUAUAUAAAAAAAAAUAUGAAUAAUAAUAAUAUUUAAAUAUUUUGAAAUUACAAACAAAAAAUAUUUUUUUUAAAUUUCACGAAAAUUUUUUUUAAAAACUACUUAUAAAAUGUUGACAUAAAGGAGAGGUAGAAAGUACCUGACAUCCUCAGGGGAUUUUUUUUCCAUUUUGAGUAGACAGUUCUUUAAAGAAAAUAUAAAAAAAACAAUAUUUUUGGUAGAGAUUGAGAUUGAUGAAAUUCAAAUUUAUAAAAAAAGGAUGGCGAUCGUCUAAUGUAAAGGGACGAGUGAAAGUAAUAUUUAAUCAUGACAGCUCUUAGUAAUUAAUAAAAGACAGUAUUUGAAAAAAAAUAUAUAUUAAAAAAAAAUUUUUUAAAAAAACGGCUGCUAAUUAUAAAUCAGGGUCUCUUUUGUAGUUUAAAACGUGACACAAGACUCUGCCUCAUUUUUCACCUUUUUGCACAAACCUACCCGUGGGGCUGAUUGUGAAUGUUAAAGGGAGCUUACGAUAAAAAUUACUUUUCUAUUUUAUAUCUCUUCCAAUUGUUGCAGCUUAAAGAGACUUUUACAAAACAGGCAGCUAAAAUUUUAGACUUUAAAUCAUUUAUAUGAUCUAUACUUAAUGAUAUUUAUAUAUACACAUAUAUAUAUUAACUAUUUACAUAACAAUUUAUAUUUAUAAUUUAUAUUAUAUUAAUAAUUUUUAAUUUUUCCAAUUUGACACUUUUUUAAUUCAAACAUUUUCAAAUUGUUUUUAACUGAAAAUUUUUUUAGUUUUCUUUUUAAAUAAAUUUUUACAUUACUUUCUCAUUAAGAGGAAAUAUUUUAUAAAAUAAUUAUAUAUAAAUUAUUUUCUGACAAAAAAAAGGAAAAUAAUUUGUUUAUUACAAUUAAACUAUUUACAUUAUAUGUAUAACAAAAAAAUAUUUAGCAAAAUAAUUCAAAAAAAAAAUAGAUAAAAUUUUUGUGUGACACGAAAUUUAAAAUAGAAAAGAAAUUGUUAUUGUUUUGAAUAUUAGUGUCGGGGAUAUUUGGUUGUAUAAUGUAUAAAUGUUGAUAUUAGUAGUAGGAAUGUGGAAUAUUGAUUAUUGAUUGUAAAAUCGUCAAAUCCCAAGAUUGAAAAAAUCUUGAGUUUUUUUUUUUUUGUUCCAACGACUAGAAUUCGAGGAGAGUCUAGUGCCGUGUAUAUAUACAGUAAUAAUAAAAUAAAAACAAAAACAAAAAAAAAAAUUAAAAAUCUCCAUUAUCAGAGAUUUUAAAAUAGUUUGUAUUGUACGUUAAGUAUACUAUUGAAAUUGAAGUAAAAAAAAAUGAAUUUUCGCACAUAUACAAAAAACCGCUCAGUCUAUCAUAUACUAUGAAUGAUUAUCUUUAGAGGCCAGUAAUUUAUCUCCAACUUCUACUACAGAAUUCAAAAAUCAUUUUCGACUAUUUUUGUGAAAAAAUUUCCAUACAUUAUCUUUAUAUUAAACUAUACCUUUGUUUUCAUCAACUCGUGAUACAAUUCCAAUAUGAAAUUCAAGUGAGUUUAGUUUGAAAACGAUACUCACAAGGAUUUAAUAAAAAUUUCAUCGUUAUGAUUAUUAUUACUGUCACAGCCAAUAUGGUGUUAAUAUCGCCAGACUAAUAAUUAAUUUUAAGAACGUAUAUCGUUCAAUUCUUUGUAUCCUAUAUUGGAAAAUCUCACGAGAAUGAAAUCGAGGUAACAUCCAAAUAAAAACUGUUUCUUAUACAGUUUACCGUUUCGCUUUUUCUAAUAUAAUAUUUUAUUGUCGCCUCGAGUUACAUUCUCGACUAUAUUAACACCGCAUACAAUCCAUUUUUUCAUAUGUACGUACGCAUACUUACAUACAUACAUAUACAUAUACAAUCAUACAUGCAUAUAAAUAGACACACGUUUGUAAUCAACUUGAUAUUUACGAGGAAAAAAAAAAAAAAAAAAAAAAAAAAAAAAAAGUCGCACAGAUCGAGACAGUUAUCAAUAAACGUAAUGUACAUUUUUUACGAGA